GAAAGAGACUACAAGAAUGGAUCUCUGUCAUCUUAUGCUUCUCUCUGAUCUGUUUCAAUUUUUACAAUCUACUCUUCUGCUUGCAACUGGAGCACACGCCCUCUGUUAUUGUUGGGAUAUUUGCAGGAGUUAUCACGGCUGACUUUCUGUCAGGAUUAUUUCACUGGGGAGCAGAUACCUGGGGAUCUGUGGAGCUACCCAUAGUUGGAAAGGCUUUCAUCAGACCCUUUAGAGAACAUCAUAUCGACCCCACAGCAAUUACCAGACAUGAUUUUAUAGAGACCAAUGGAGACAACUGCUUCAUGACACUGGUCCCGUUGGCAAACAUGGCAUACAAAUUUGUUUCUUUUUCCCCAGAGGCAUUAUAUGAAACGUGUCCUUGGGAGUGUUAUGUCUUUGCCCUCAUCAUCUUCAUAACCAUGACGAACCAGAUUCACAAGUGGUCUCACACGUACUUUGGUCUUCCACGCUGGGUCGUGUUUCUACAGGACUGGCACGUUAUCCUGCCACGGAAGCAUCACAGGAUCCAUCAUGUAUCUCCACAUGAGACGUACUUCUGCAUUACAACUGGUUGGCUGAACUAUCCAUUAGAGAAGAUAAGAUUCUGGAGGUGUUUGGAGAACAUUAUCCAAGGAGUUACUGGGGAGAAGCCAAGAGCAGAUGACAUGAAAUGGGCUCAGAAAAUUAAAUAACUUUUGCCAGCCUUCUGCAAUCCUUAACUUGUUGCCAAUGUUGUUGUUUUUUUAAAA